ACAAACUCGAAGCAAGAACUUGCAUAUAAUUGUGUUGACCUUGACAAAAACCAAACAAAUCAACAACCAUACACGAACAUAACCUAACAAAACAACUUGUUCAAACACAGACGCAAGCAAAACCAGCAGGAAAGAAAGAGGCAUAUAAAAAAACACCAAUCCGACGCAUUGACCUCGAGAUCAUUGCACAUCCCCCCCUCUCUCUCUACCUUCCUAUAUACUAGUCCCUCCCCUGCUCCUCUGCCCUUCUCUCUCCCACUCCUGCCCCGCGCUCUGCAACAUGCAAAGCGUUGACGUCCCACUCGCAACCUCCCCUCCUCCGGAUCCAAGCUCCCUUCAAACCCAAACAAAACCGCACCAAAACGAUCGAAAGCAAGGGCACGGAUCGCUGUCCGCACCAACGCCGACGCCCACUCCUCGCCUAGCCGCUCCAUUCCCUCUCUUGAUCGAGUCUUGACCACUUGGCCGGCUGGCCGGGCAAGAAACCGAGAGCUAGCUAGGCACGCCGCAAUGAGCGCCGGAGGCUCGCCUCCCGUAGGGCUGACACCGGCCGACGGCAACUCUGUCGGCAUGUUCAGCUCCGACCGCAUCGGCGGCUUCGGCUACGGCGUCGGCGUCUCCAUCGGCAUCCUUCUCCUCAUCACUACCAUCACGCUCGCCUCCUACUUCUGCAUCCGCGCGCCCGUCGCGGCCGGCGACGUGGGGGAGCCUCCAUCCCGUCGCCACGGCGGGCGUGGCGGCGGCGGCGGCAAUGGCGGUCAAGGGAUGCACGACGUCGAGCUUGGCAUCGACGACGCCACGCUGAAAGGGUACCCGGAGGUGGUGUACGGCGAGGCCAGGCAAGAGGCGAAGGACAAGAAGGGCACCACGUGCACGUGCUGCUCCAUAUGCCUGGACAACUACGGCGACGGCGACGUGCUCCGGAUGCUGCCGGAGUGCGGCCACCUGUUCCACCGGGAGUGCGUCGACCCGUGGCUCCGGCACCACCCCACGUGCCCCGUGUGCCGGACGUCGCCGAUGCCAAGCCCCAUGCCGACGCCGCUCGCCGAGGUCACGCCAUUGGCAAUGGCGAGGCUGUCAUGACAAUAGGCACGGUCGCACGGACCAGAGGCCGGGAUGCGCGCGCGAGGAAGAAUUGGCUCGAUCGGUCAGGCAGCGUGCAACACAAGUCUAUGCACAGAAUAGUCUUGUUGUGUGGAUGUAUGUAUAUAUAUUACCGCUCCCAGUUGCUUGACUUUUGGUGCCAAACAAAAAAUUAGACUAGGGGGUUCAGACUUCAAACUCGUGCAACUUGAUUAAUUUUAAAGUUCUACUAGGCAAGUAAUAAACGAAUAUACAAUAUUAAGUUAUUAACCUGUGGUCCCUACAUGAUCCUAAACAACAUACAUAC